AUGGACGGCCAGCGACAACAAUAUGUCCCUCUUCCCCCGCCUCCAUCAAUGCAGAAUUCGCAGUCGCAUAUCAUAACGUCCUUACCCCCGCCGCCGCCUCGACAUCCGCCGACGCAGACGCAAGGGGUUGUCCUCCCGCCACCUCCUGGACCGCCUCCAAAUGCAGCAUAUGCGAAAGUACCCCAGCAGCAUGGUGGUUUGGCAUGGCAGCAGACCUGGGCACGACAACCUGUCCCGCAAACCUUCCCACCACCACCCCCGCCUCCUCUGAUACCCUCAAACCCGACACAGAAUCAACAUCUCGCAUAUAACCGUCAGCCAGCUGCCCUAUCGAUACCUCCACCCUUUCCUUCAAGCGACGGUCAACCCCUAACAUCCGCGACCUACAUUCCGAUGGGUGACUCGUUUGGACCCGGUGUUGGGAUACCUGCAUAUGCAGAUUCAUACUCUCGCCCUACAUAUGACAGUUAUGGACAAACAGCGGCCAGUCAAUCAUACGAGCCUGUCAAUGCGGAUCCGUCACACAAAAGAGACGCACAUGCUCCGGCUACACCAUUAGGUCGCAACGGGCCCUCGUCUCUAGGCCUGCCUGACAAUGUCCUUUCCCCUGGUCAAUCGAGCAGUGUGAACCGAACCACCGAGCUAUCGAAAUCUCCAAGUCACCGCCACAACAAUAGUAGUGCAUCGCUUGGGGGUAUGUCGCCAAACGAAGCUUCCACCCAAUGGCCACUUGAGCGAGUGCUCUUAUGGCUCGCGAAGAAUGGGUUCUCUGAAGACUGGCAGGAGACCUUCAGAGCCUUGGAACUCCAGGGUGCUGAUUUCAUAGAGUUAGGCUAUGGCUCAAAUGGUUUUGGCAACUUUGGGAAGAUGCACAAGGUCGUCUAUCCUCAGCUAGCAAAAGAGUGUGAGAAAAGCGGAACAGGAUGGGAUUCAAUUCGCGAACGAGAAGAAGGAAAGAAAAUGCGCAGGUUGAUCCGCCAAAUCCAUGAUCAAGGCCAUCACGACCCGGGAUCUCUUACGCCGAGACGACAGGAGCCUCACUCAGCGGUGGAUAACUCGCCUCGACUUGAGCCUGCUUUCCCUGCCCAUAGUGCAAUCGAGAGCAGUCCCGGACUUAAAGCGUCCCAUAACCACCGGCAAAAUGCGCAAAUGCGCUCCGUCACGAUGCCUAACUAUCCCCCCUCCAUUCAUGACACUUCUUCCCUGGAUCUGAAUCCGCCUGAGGCUAGUACCUGGGUCCCAGCAGACCACCAUAGGACUUUAUUGUCUGCCGUUAGUGACAACCAUCGAAGACAACGAUCCAAUGAUAGUGCCCAUCUUCCGUUAUCUGCUCGGCCGCAUGAAGAUAGCCCCAAGAGUGGCAGUCCGGCUGCACAGCCUGCCACGCUUGCGCAUCAUGGGCUGUCUUCAUCGUCCACUAGCGAUUUGAGCGUGAGAUUCGAACAUUCUCGAGGCAACAGUUCUGAUUCAACUCGGGGGCGAUACUAUGAGCGCAGCAAAGAUCAGGAAGGCGCUCGUCCCUCGCCACAAGACCCGUACAACCGCCAUUGGAACGGUUCGGAAACUUUGCACAGAGAACAAAACAAAAUACUGAAAUUCUUCAAGAAGAAGGCUAGAGCUAACGACUCCAGUCACCCAUCCCCCGAAGAACUUCAUUUAGAGUCCCCUACGAGUCCGGUGCACACGCGUGGAACAUACACCCCAUACGGCUAUCCGAACUAUAGCCGCAGCGAUGUGUCUUUAAAUGGGCGCCCAUUGUCGGGCUCACAAUCGGAUUUUGAGCGGUUACCAGUACGACCUAAGGCAGCACAAAAGGGCAAGAAAUUCGUUUUCGUGACCAUGGAUGGGUGGAAUUACCGUCUGGUAGACAUCACUGACAUAGAUUCUGUUGGGACGAUCCGUGCUACAAUCUGCCAAAACCUUGGAAUCUCCGAUUGGACUAGUGCCCAGAUAUUCUUGACCGAACCCGGACAAACAGAGCACGACGACCCUAUGGAUGAUUCCCUGUUGACUGUGACUCAACGGACCAAAUCGGACCCAUUCGGCUCUCUGAAGUUCUUUGUGCGCGGAGCUCACCCGCAUCCUGGGGCAAACAAUGCUGCGCACUUUACUGGUCUUGGAGUAUCAUUCCCAGAGAAAGCGGCGGCGUCACCCACAACGGGGCCGCAUCAUGUACAUCGGAAACCGCUGGACGAAGAGGCUCUCAGUAGGAUCUCACCACACCAUCAGCCCCUUCAGCAAACAAAAAGCCCGGUCUCGAAGCUUCCUGCUCGUGACGUUUCCCAGCCUUUCAUUGGAGUCUCAUCAGCAGCCGAUGGCAGCGCAGAGCCAACAGGAACCCAUCUUGAUCCGGAGAAAGCAGCUUUGCUUGUGCGUCAGGAGGAGCAUAGCCGUGAAAUCGAGCGGAAACAGAAAGCCAACAACAUUACCAGGGGCCCUCCUUUGACACAGCAAAGGAAAGAUGCUGUAUACGGUGAAACGGGCUACAGACGAGAGGGUGUCAUUGAUUUCGACUCUCCACGAAUCUCGCCAUAUGAAGAUAAAAAAGCCGAACACUUGGUCAACUCGCUGCGGAAGAAAGAUUCUGAUCGCCCACGGAUUCAACAAGCGCCUCAGCCUCAGCCGCAGCCUCAGAGCCAUGGUCUUGGUGCGGCUCUUGCCAGUAUGGGUAGAUUGACAAGUGCAAUCGGAACGCCUUCGACUAAUCCGGCGGAUAAUAAGGCACCAAAGGAUACGCCAGAUGAACUGAAAGCUGCGCCUGCGGCAUGGAACGAGACCCCAAAAACUCCAAUAGCCACUGAGAAAUCUCCCAUUUCAGCUAAAUCCCCCAUACCAAAACCAGCCUUACAAUCUCGCAAGUCCUAUGGACCUGAAUUUGAUUUCGAAGAGGCGAACGUCUCGUUCCAGCGCACUCCAGACCUACAGGAGGACGAUUCCGAUGAUGACGAUGAUGACUCUGACGAUGGUCUCUUUGCUAUACCGAUAGCAAACCAGAGCCAGGAGAAGGGUCAGGGGUCAGACACUGCAUCUCCGGAAGCACAAAAGGCUGCAAGGCCAUCGCUUACCUUGGACACGGAACCAAGAGCAAGCAAGGAACGGUCCGUGACCUUCAAGACUCCAAGUACUUCAGGUGAAAGCUUUGUGAAUGGCGGCGGUGACAACCGCGAAAUCCCGGCGCCAACACCUUUCGGGGCGGCCGAAUCACCAGAAGAUGAAAGACCACCCCGAAGAGAUUCGUUUGCGCGGGGCGAUAUCUGGGCCAGCAGACCCCCGGUUGAAGGUGUUAUUGACAAUCUGGACGACUUCUUCCCGAACGUUGACCUCGAUGCGCCCUACCUAGAGGGACAAGGAGGCUCGCCGCCUACCUCGCCAGCGAGCAAGAACCCAGCAGAAGUUGAUUCGCACCGCACACAACGACAGGAUGGCUACGCUCCCGCAAGUUCAUUCAACCAGGAUGGCGAGCAUACAGUCAAACCGCAAGAUCCGGGUGUUGUCGCCAGACGCAAUGUCAACCGCUCUGGUGGUGGACUUACAAGAAUGAAGUCAAUUCGUGAAGUUGCGAAGGGGGCCAAUCAAACCAGCAGGAGUAGGAGUGUCGCUCAUUCUGGCCCUCAGAAGUCAGGUGACAUACUUCGUCGCAAGAGUACCAAGAUGUUUGGCGCCAAGAUAAUGCAAAUCAGCCCAAGACCCGGUCGACGGUUGAACCAGCUUGACCCCAUCCCGCAGAACAAGCCUUCUCAAGAACCUGUGCCUCAGAGACAACCAACUUUCCGUAUCAUCCGUGGUCAGCUUAUUGGCAAGGGAACGUUUGGACGAGUGUAUCUGGGCAUGAACGCUGAUAAUGGUGAAGUCUUGGCUGUUAAACAAGUGGACAUCAACCCUAGGCUUGCCGGACAAGACAGGGAUCGAGUCAAGGACAUGGUUUCCGCUUUGAACCAAGAAAUCGACACAAUGCAGCACCUUGAGCACCCGAAUAUCGUGCAGUAUCUAGGAUGUGAGCGAGGUGAGCUUUCUAUCUCAAUCUAUCUCGAGUAUAUUUCUGGCGGUUCGGUCGGCAGCUGUCUCCGCAAACACGGCAAGUUCGAGGAAAGUGUCGUGCAGUCCCUCACGCGCCAAACACUCGACGGAUUGGCAUACCUGCACCACCAAGGAAUCCUGCAUCGCGACCUGAAAGCAGACAACAUUCUGCUGGAUCUUGACGGCAGUUGCAGAAUCUCGGACUUUGGUAUCUCCAAGAAGACUGAUGAUAUUUACGGAAACGACUCGACAAAUUCGAUGCAAGGUUCCGUGUUCUGGAUGGCUCCUGAGGUCAUACAAUCUCAAGGCCAGGGAUACAGCGCCAAGGUUGAUAUCUGGUCCCUUGGAUGUGUGGUUCUGGAGAUGUUCGCCGGCCGUCGUCCAUGGAGCAGAGAAGAGGCCAUUGGUGCCAUCUUCAAGCUCGGAAGUCUGAACCAGGCUCCUCCAAUUCCCGAAGAUGUUUCCAUGAACAUCAGUCCAGCAGCUCUAGCUUUCAUGUAUGACUGCUUCACUGUUGACUCGUCUGACCGUCCAACUGCCGAAACCCUCCUGACUCACCCGUUCUGUGCACCCGAUUCCAAAUACAACUUCCUCGACACCGAACUCUACGCCAAAAUCCGCCAUGUUCUCUAA